AUGAAAUUCUUGUUGAUAGUUAUUAUGGGCAUUCUGGCCAUGGCAUCAGCUCAGUUCGGACCUUUCGGCGGAUUAAUCAGGGACAUUGAGCGAUUCGAGGGCCAGCAACAGCAGCAGCAACAACAGGGCGGUUUUGGGGGCCAACAGCAGCAGCAGCAGGAAGAGGGCGUCAUUUUCAGAGGUCCUUUUGGCGGCGGUGUUGAGUUCUUCCAGGAGCAGCAGCAACAGCAGCAGGGCGGAGGCGGUGGCCAGCAGCAGCAGCAGCAGCAGGAGAACCUGUUUAAUUUCUUCGGCUAGAAAGUAAAGAGCCAA